AAAGCAUUGCGUAUAUAUUCUCGACUGCUCUGUUGUCUCACAUCUUCUCUCAAUACUUUUCUCGACUGCAUUAACUCUCGAAUCUGCCUUGGCUGCUAUAUCCUGGCUUACACCUACCUUGUCUGCCUGCCUACAGCCUGCCUACAGUCUACAUACCUACCUUGACGAUCGACAUGUCCCCUCACAGCGAUGCACCCUCACCUGUUGGGUCCUUUGGGGUCCAGCCUUACAACCAAUGGCACUCAAGCUCAAGAGCCAACAACUACUCAGACACCUCAUCCGGCAGCUCCGCCGACUCAAUAGACGUGCGGCACUCUCCUCGCCCUCUGAUCCCAGGGGUCUACGUCCCAACCAUGUGCUUCUUUGACGACUCAGAAGACGUUGACACGGCUGCCAUUGCCGAUCACGCUGUGCGACUAGCCAGGGCUGGAGUCACCGGCCUAGCUACCCAGGGGUCCAACGGUGAGGCCGUCCACCUCUCUCACUCGGAGCGUCAGCUCGUCACCGCCACCACAAGAGCCGCCUUGAAUGACGGCGGCUUCUCACAUAUGCCCCUGAUCGUGGGAUGCGGGAGCCAGAGCACGCGUGAGACGAUCCAGUAUUGUCGGGAGGCUUGGGAGGCUGGCGGUGACUAUGCGCUGGUGCUACCUCCGUCAUACUAUGCCACGUUAUUUGCUCCGGCCUCGGAAACCAUCCUAGAGUAUUUCACAACAGUAGCGGACAAGUCACCCAUCCCCAUCAUCAUCUACAACUUUCCCGGUGCCGUGGGAGGCAUGGAUCUCUCGUCGGACAUCAUCGUGACUCUUGCGGCGCACCCAAACAUUGUGGGCGUCAAGCUGACGUGCGGAAACACUGGCAAGCUGAACCGUGUAGCCGCGGCAACCCGCAAGCUCUCUACUACAUACAACCCAGCACGGCCAGAGUUCCUUGUCCUCGCGGGAUCGGCUGACUUUCUGAUCCCAUCCCUAUCCGGAGGCGGACACGGGAUCCUGGCUGGGCUUGCCAACAUGGCCCCGAGGGCGUGCAUCAAAACGAUGGAACUAUACCGGGAAGGCAAGGUUUCCGAGGCACAGAGGCUGCAGGAGGUUGUCUCACAGGGCGACUGGACGGCCAUCCAGGGCGGUGUGGUUGGUGUAAAGGCUGGGCUGCAGGCAUGGAGGGGAUACGGAGGAUUUGCCCGGAGCCCUCUGCCGAAACCUACGGCAGAGCAGACGAAACGGUGGAAGGAAGGCUUCCGUGACCUGAUGAUGCUGGAACAAACACUAUCAUGAUGGACACAUGAUGAGCGAGACAUGAUGAGAUGGAUGAGAGUCAUGAGAAAAGAAAAGAGAAGAAUGGUGGAUGAGACCUACCCGGGACCUGCAUGGGUAGAGGAGGUUGUCUCACAAAGCAGGCCUGGUAUGACAGCAAAGCGUGAUUUUUUGCAAACCAUUGUACUUACUCCCUUGUUCCCUAUUCGAUCCCUGAAUUCAAUUGUCUGAUAAA